UUAAGCAACAAUCAUCAUUUCAGCUUUGUGAGGAAAGUAACAACAUGGCAACUGACUACACAGGCGCAGAUGUUUAUCAGAAGGAAUUUGAUCCUCGGAGUUAUUUAGAAACAUACUAUAACCCCAAGUCAGGCUUUCUGGUAAAGGGAGGCUAUCUGAAUUUUGCUUUGAAAAAAUAUCAUGAGACAUUUACUGUGCGUGGAGUGAAGGGGGAAACACUUAUUGACAUUGGCCAUGGACCAUCAAUUUAUCAGGACCUUUCUGCAUGCGAAUCCUUCAGAGAGAUCAUUGGUGCUGAAUACACUGACCGUAACCGCGAGUACUAUGAAAAAACUCUGAGAAAUGAACCAGGAAUAUUUGACUGGACAAGUGUUAUACAAGCAGUCUGUGACCUGGAAGGAAAGGGUACAACAGUGGAACAGAAGAGAGAAAAACUGAAAAACACAGUGAAAAAGACUAUUAAAGGCGAUGUAACUAAAAGCAAUCCUGUGGCACCUCUUGUAUUGCCCAAAGCUGACUGUGUAAUGGCUAAUUUGUGUCUGGUAGCUGCCUGUAAAGAUCGGGAUAGUUAUUGUAAUGCCCUUAAUAACAUUUCAUCUUUACUAAAAGUAGGGGGGCAUUUAAUAAUUGUUGAGGUUCUUAACUCUACCUUUUACUGGGUUGGUGGCAAAAGGUUUUCUAGCGUAGCCCAUAAUGAGGAAUUUAUAAGAAGUGCUAUAACCAAGACCGGUUAUGCGAUAAUAGACCUGGAGGUUAUUCCCAGAAAGUAUGAUGAGUAUGAUGAAGAGCAGUACAAAAUGAGUGAUCAUGACUCAAUCAUAUUUGUUCUUGCAUGCAAACUGAGAGAUAUUUAGGUUGGAAAGGACAGUAUACAGAAUAUAACUGCUUAUGUCUAUUCUCUACCAAGGCUGAUUUCUUUACAGCUUAGGUCAAAAAUAUAAUACAUACUCUGAACUGAUAUGAUAAGAAUCAUUCCUGCUUUGUUUAUGAUUCCGUUUAUCUUUAUUAUUGAGUAAUGCCAUUGUCAUCUAAAUGAUUUAACAUUUAUUUUCUCUUUUGUAUUGUCACAUAAAAGCCAGUGUAAAAAACCCUGACAACCUCUAAAACCCACAAAGCAAAGAGAGAUCUUUGUAAAAAGGACAUCUGUCAUUGACUUCUAAAUGAUCUUGAUACUGAUUCAGAAUCAUUGGGUUUUGUCACAUGAUAAAUCACUGAAAAGUCAUAGAUUUUUUCCUUGACAAAUUAAGGUUUUCCCGUGUAAAAAAAACCCUAACAGAAAAAAAUCAAGUUUUUUUUUAAAUGCCCCCAUUAAAGUUUAGACACGUCUGAUGGCACCAGUCAUGUAUGGUGUAGACACAGUGCCUUCUAAAAGGAAAAAAGAAACAGAUAUAAUAGCAUUUGUUACCCACCAACCCAGCCAAGAUCUGCCGCAUUAUGUAACCACCCUACUUCCUUUAUGUCCCAGUCAGUAUUUUUUUUUCUUUUUAAAGGUGGCAAUCCUAUAUGCAAGUAGCACAAUAGCAGUAUAUUUUAAAGUACAACAGCUUAUCCCUAGAGUUCAAGUCAGUAGUUUGAAUGACAGGCUGGUAAAUGAAUAGGAAACAGACUCGAUAAAUAAGUAAUAAAUGCCAAAACCAAUAAAAUGGCUUGAUCCUAGAUCGAUGUAUUUUACUGAAUGUAUUAAAACUGACCUGACAUCAAAUGGGCUAAAAAAUAAACUCAAUGAAAAAAAUAAAUAAAAAAACUCAAAUUGCAUUUAUAAUAUCUAA